UCGAUUCCCAACCACGAACUCACCCAACCUCGAACACUGCAGCACCAAUCCUGAAACAACAUGCCCGCCUCGAAGUCCGUAAAGCUCAACACUGGCGCUGAGAUGCCCACGCUCGGGUUGGGGACGUGGAAGUCGCAACCCGGCGCGGUUGAGAAGGCAGUCGCCCAUGCGCUCAAGAGCGGCUACAGGCACAUCGACACGGCAACUGCAUACGACAAUGAGAAGGAGGUCGGCCUCGGCAUUAAGGAUUCGGGCGUGCCCCGCGAGCAGAUCUUCCUGACGACGAAGCUGAACAACUCGGACCAGCGGGAUGUCGAGGGCGCCCUCGAACGCUCGCUGCAGCGGCUCGACACGCCCUACCUGGACCUCUGGCUCAUGCACUGGCCCUGUCCCAUGACGAAGGAGGGGAAGCCCGACAGGGAGAUCGACUGGCUCGAUACCUGGAAAGAGAUGGAGCGCGUCUUCAAGGCGCACCCGGACAAGGUCAAGGCCAUCGGUGUCUCCAACUUCUCUGUGUCCUACUUGGAGAGACUGUUGAAGGCUGCGACCGUCGUGCCGGCGGUGAACCAGAUUGAAUCGCACCCUGCCCUCUUGCAGGAGGACAUCGUGGAGGAGAGCAGGAAGCACGGGAUUUCCGUGACCGCCUACUCGCCUCUAGGCUCCGACGAUGCGCCUCUUCGCAGCAACCCCAUCGUGCAGAAGCUCGCGCAGAAGUACAACGUCCAGCCUGCGAACAUCCUCGUUUCGUUCCAGGCCAACCGACCGGGCUUCACGGUGAUCCCCAAGUCCGUCACCCCGAGCCGUAUCGAGGAGAAUGCGACGAUCGUCGACCUCACCGACGAGGACAUCAAGGAGAUCGCGUCAAUUGAGAAAGAGAAUCACAACCGCGUGUGCAAGCCAUACUGGACCGGCUGGGGUAACAUUGGGUUCCCUGACCUCGAGUAAACGGGCCAACGUCGUCUAGAGCGUAGAGUCCAGAGAGCAUAUGCAACCCAAUGUAGCCGUAGAGCGUUCUGAACACACGAAGAGUUGCCAGAUGAAGC